AGACACACGCCGUGUCAAUUAUCACAAUUCUGUGAUAAAUUGAUAGGGAAAUUCGAGACUGUAAUCAUUUACAGGUAAAAUUAAAUCAAGGUGAAUGAAAAGUGUUUUGAGGUGAUGCUGACCAGAAGAGGGUGCAGAGGAUCAAUCUUAGCUGCCGCCAGCAGAGGCGAGCUGACGUUCCCGAAUUGAUGCUGCUAGCCUGCUUGCGGUUGGAAUUAAGAACCGCUGCGGCACCGAGACCGGGCUUCCAUCGCACUUUUAACAACAAAACCCCGAACUGGAAAAAGUAGAGGAAAACGCAGAUAACGCUGUAAAUGUAUCGACAACAGCGAACUCAGUAUGAAGAAGUCAGUGCGGCCUGUGGUGAAUAAGGCGAGUGCUGACCGAUCGAAGGCGGAGGCUGCAGGCGGCGCCGGCACCGCAAAGCCUGGCGCCAAGAUCAGCAGUACUGCACCUCUGUCUAAGGUGAAAAGCAAUGAUGAUCUUUUAGCAGCGAUGGCUGGAGGGAACCCUGCUUCAAAUAGUGCUGUCACCAAAACCAAAAGAACUGCCUCAAUUGGGACCACGACGAGCACCCUCGACAGUAAGCAGAAAGCAACAUCAGGUACCUCCACCAAGCGUAUGACAUCAUCAGCUACAAAAGAGCCAAAUUCUACACGAGACCGUCUUCGGACAUCCAGAACGUCGGCUAACAAGAAGCAGCUGGUCUCGGGGGCAGCAGCCGGCGAUGCGGCCUCAGGGAAGCGCUCUCGCAGCCAUGUCCCGACCGAGUCCGAGAGCCGUAUGAGCAAGUCCAAAUCAGAUGGCCAGAUUAGCGAUAAAGUGGCCCUGGAGGCCAAAGUCAAUGACCUGCUGGGUCUCGCUAAGAGCAAAGAUGUGGAGAUUCUCCACCUGCGGAGUGAACUUCGAGACAUGAGGGUACAGCUGGGCAUGGAUGGGAAGGACUUGCCACCACAGGAAGAAGUAGAAGAAGGAGAGAAGCCGCAGGUAUCCGCCAUCACAGCAGCUGAUGUGGAGUCCACCCUGCUUCUUCUACAAGAGCAGAACCAGGCCAUCAGAGGGGAGCUCAACUUGCUUAAGAACGAGAACCGAAUGCUCAAGGACCGUCUUAACGCACUGGGCUUCUCUCUGGAGCAGAGACUUGAUGGUUCCGACAAGCUCUUCAGCUACUCGUCUCUGAGCCCGGACUUGGCAGCGGGCAGUGGGCAGAGUGAGGGCGGAGCCACGCUGACGUCCUCGGUUGAGGGUUCUGCUCCAGGCUCUUUGGAGGAUCUGCUCACCGGGCACCAGCACGGUGGCUCAGCGGACAAUCUCGACAGCGAAUCCAGCGAGGUCUAUCAGGCCGUGACCUCCAGCGACGAUGCUCUGGACGCCCCCUCCGGAGCCUCCUCGUCGUCCGAAUCGGAGUGCGUUCCCAGCAGAGAGCGCUCACGGAGGGGCAGCAGUGGCAAUGCCAGCGAGGUCUCGGUGGCGUGUCUUACAGAGCGAAUUCAUCAGAUGGAGGAGAACCAGCACAGCACAUCCGAGGAGCUGCAGGCCACGUUGCAGGAACUAGCCGACCUGCAGCAAAUCACCCAGGAGCUGAACGGGGAGAACGAGCGGCUCGGUGAGGAGAAAGUCAUUCUCAUGGACUCGUUGUGCCAGCAGAGCGAUAAGCUGGAGCUCUACGGCCGACAGAUCGAGUAUCUCCGCUCUCUGCUAGACGAGCAUCACAUCUCGUACGUGCUGGAGGAGGACAUCAAGAGCGGUCGCUACAUGGAGCUGGAGCAGCGCUACGCCGACCUGGCAGAUAACGCUCGCUUUGAGAGAGAGCAGCUGCUGGGCGUGCAGCAGCACCUGUCCAACACCUUGAAGAUGGCAGAGCAGGACAACGCCGAGGCCCAGGAUGUGAUCGGAGCUCUGAAGGAAAGGAACCACCAAAUGGAGCGCAUCAUGGAAUCGGAGAGACAGGAUCGGGCCGCCAUGGCAGCCGCACUCGAUGAGUAUAAAGCCGCGGUGAGCAGCGAUCAGGCGGAGCUGAGCCGCUGCAGAGUCCAGCUGGACCAGGAAAGGCAGAGGGUCGCCGAGCUCUACUCUCUUCAUACGGCGGGCGACAAAAAUGACAUACGUCAGCUUUUGGAAGGUGUGCGCCUGGAGAAGGAGGAGGCUGAAGCCAAGGCUGCAAAGUCACAUGACGAGCUGGAGCAAGCUCACAAUGAUCUUGGCCGGAUGCAGGAGACGCUCAGUAAGCUUGACAGGGAAUAUCGAGACUUUCAGCAGCAGGUGCAGCAGCAGAUGGCCGAGCAAGAGCGCAUGCUGGAGAAGCAGCGCAUGGAGCUGCAGGAGAAGGAGACGGAGAUUGUGGACAUGAAAGAAACCAUCUUUGAGCUGGAGGAUGAGGUGGAGCAGCACCGAGCUCUGAAGCUACACGACAACCUCAUCAUUACGGACCUGGAGAACUCUGUAAAGAAGCUGCAGGACCAGAAACACGAUAUGGAGCGAGAGAUAAAGAUCCUUCAUCGCAGACUCAGGGAAGAGUCGAUGGAGUGGCGUCAGUUCCAAGCAGACCUGCAAACGGCUGUCGUCAUUGCCAACGACAUCAAGUCGGAAGCACAGGAGGAGAUCGGCGACCUACGCCGCCGCCUGCAGGAAGCCCAGGAGAAGAAUGAGAAGCUGAGCAAGGAGCUGGAUGAAGUCAAGAGCCGCAAGCAGGAGGAGGAAAGAGGACGAGUGUAUAACUACAUGAACGCAGUGGAGAGGGACCUGGCUGCACUCAGACAGGGCAUGGGCCUCAGUCGUCGAUCUUCCACCUCCUCUGAGCCUUCGCCGACUGUCAAAACACUCAUCAAGAGCUUUGACAGUGCCUCACAAGCGCUACCACCAUCUACUGCUGCAACCGUGGCUCCCACAGCGUCAGCCGCCCCAAUACCACGCACCCCUCUUAGUCCCAGUCCCAUGAAGACACCCCCAGCAGCUGCUGUAUCACCCAUCCAGAGGCACUCGGUGUCCACAUCUCUGUCAGCAGUCAAGCCGCUCUCGUCCCUGAGCGACAAGAGGACCAGCUACUCGGACAUGUCCAUGCCACCCGAGCACCUUCUCAGGGGAGCCCCUGCCAGUAGACCCCCAUCUGUUCUCCAGAGGGUCUCCAAUAUGGAUUCCACCAAGACAAUAUCAGUGUCCCGUCGGAGUAGUGAAGAGAUAAAGAGGGACAUGUCCACCCAAGACGGGGCCUCCUCUUCCUCACUGAUGGCCAUGAGCGCUGCCUCCUCUCCACUCUCCCUGUCCUCCUCCUCACCCACCGCGUCCAUCACCCCCACAGCACGGAGCCGCCUAAGAGAGGAGCGGAAAGAUCCAUUGUCUGCACUGGCUAGAGAGUAUGGAGGCUCCAAGAGGAAUGCCCUGCUGAAGUGGUGCCAGAAGAAAACUGAGGGUUAUCAGAACAUUGACAUCACCAAUUUCAGCAGUAGUUGGAAUGAUGGUCUGGCAUUCUGUGCUUUGCUCCACACCUACUUGCCAGCCCACAUCCCGUAUCAAGAACUGAGCAGCCAAGACAAGAGGAGAAACUUCACCUUGGCGUUCCAGGCUGCAGAAAGUGUUGGCAUCAAAUGCACUUUGGACAUAAACGAGAUGGUUCACACCGAGAGGCCAGACUGGCAGAAUGUCAUGACGUACGUCACAGCUAUCUACAAAUACUUUGAGACCUGACUUCCUGCACACACUGUCACAGAAUCACUUAUUAUACCUCACUGGAAUACCUUCACAAGUACACACACACAAGUACACAAACACACAUCGCAUGCUCACAAGUGAAGGUGAAGUCCAGGCAGUAUGCAGUACCACAAUGACGCCUUCACAUGGUGAUGGUGAAGACACCAUGCUUCAGUGCCUUCAGCUUCAAAAACUUCAUUUCGAUGGGGGACGACUUUAUGGAAACAUCUGCUGCUGCUUAAUAACAUAUCAGUGGAGUAGUGGAGAAGCAGGCAUCAAACCUUCUUGCGAUGCCCGAGGAUCAAGUGCCUGUGUGAUAAUGGAUGCCUCCUUCAUGCGCAUCGUUCCGAUAUGUUACAUUUUGGGCUCAUUUAGGGCUGGGAAUAACGGGAUGGCUUUUAGAGCAUAAGAACAUGUUCAACAACACUCGGACAUUUGAGCACCGCUGCUUAGAAAAACAAGACGCGUGAUGCGUUCAAGUACUAGCACCGUCUGCUAUCGAUCACAUAGAGUAUGGCUUUACAUUAAAACGUGUGAGAGUUUUCAAGACAAUUCUGGGAUUGUUAAAUUACACUACAUGAUAAAAAAUUUAAAAAAAAACGCUUAUAGGUAUUCAUCGGAAUAAACUGCAAAAUUAUUUAUUGGAAAAAAACAAGUACUACAGUAUUCUAAUUUCCAUGCAUGUUAGUUACAGUAAAGUUCAAGUUCAUUGUCAUGAAUUCCUGUAGAACAAGGGUGUCCAAAUAGCAGACCACAGGCCAUUUUUAGGUCGCAGCUUAUUUUGUAUUGACACAUCAUAACCUGUAGUAAAAAUAUAAAUACUAAAUUUAUUGAAUAAAUUGAAUUAUUAAGAAUAUUAAUACAGUGGAUUGUCCAGCGCCAUCAUUUUUAUGAUGAAAUAACAGAUCGCUUCAGUAGUUGGCAUUCAUCCCUGGGAAACUCUUUUUGCACUUUUCAAACACCACAGCGAUAGGAACAAGCCCCGGGCUCUGGGUUUCAUAAUAAUACUGAAUUUUGAUUUUUUUUUUGUUGUUGCUCAUUGUGAAUGAUCUACUUUAUUGUGUGUCAACAUAUCUACAUAUCUUAUAAAUGCCCCCAACCAACCUUUUCAUAUAUAUAUAUAUAUAUAUAUUAAUAUAUAUAUAUUAUUUUUUAAGUAUGGUGUCCCCAGUGGAAAAUGUUUGGACACUCGUGUAUAACAUUUAAAGGGAUCUUGGGUUUUGUCCAUGUCACAUGACUGAAAGCUAAACUUAUAAGCUAUAACUUAUCGUGUUCCAAAAAUUUUCCACUGGGGGGGGUCACGUAUGUAAAAAUGAAACUAUACCAGUGGGGGCAUUUUAAAGGCGAACAUUUCAUUUUUUAAAUUUCAAUUAAUUUCAUUUUUUAAUUUUUUUUUGUUUAAUGUAAAAAUGAUUAGUACUCUUCACAAAUAUUAAAAGUGUCAGUAUAUUUUUUUUAAUUUUCUUUACUAAGUCAUAUAUACAAGAUAGUGGAAGAUGGAUUACUUAAGUUUUUCAGUAUAAAAAACUUAAGUAAUCCAGACUUAAC